CUAGGGUUUCAGAUUCAUGCAUACAGAUAAAAGCGCCCCUUUCCCUCUCCAUUUGAGCUUAGAGCAGCGUAUCAGAGGCAAGCAAUCUGAGCGCUCAAGAUGGGUAUCUCUCGUGAUUCUAUGCACAAGAGGCGUGCCACAGGAGGGAAGAAGAAGGCCUGGAGGAAGAAGAGAAAGUAUGAAUUGGGGCGGCAGCCUGCAAACACAAAGCUGUCCAGCAACAAGACAGUGAGAAGAGUACGCGUUAGAGGAGGCAAUGUAAAGUGGAGGGCCCUCAGGUUGGAUACCGGUAAUUACUCGUGGGGAAGCGAGGCUGUUACUCGCAAGACUCGUAUUCUUGAUGUGGUUUACAAUGCUUCAAACAACGAACUUGUGAGGACUCAAACUUUGGUGAAGAGUGCUAUUGUGCAAGUGGAUGCUGCCCCUUUUCGCCAGUGGUACCUCCAGCAUUAUGGUAUUGAUAUUGGGAGGAAGAAGAAGACGGGAGCUGCAAAGAAGGAAGGAGAGGAGGGUGAAGCUGCAAUUGAAGAAGUCAAUAAGAGCAAACAUGUUCUUAGGAAGCUAGAGAAACGUCAGGAGGGACACAAACUUGAUCCCCACAUUGAGGAGCAGUUUGGAGGUGGUCGAUUGCUUGCUUGCAUCUCUUCCCGCCCUGGGCAAUGUGGACGAGCUGAUGGAUACAUUCUAGAGGGAAAGGAGCUUGAGUUUUACAUGAAGAAGAUUCAGAGGAAGAAGGGUAAGGGUGCUUCUGCUUGAACUUGCAAAUUAUUUGCACGUUUUUGUGGUUUUACACCCUUGUGGUUUUCAAGAGAUUUAAUUGGGAAUGCAUUUUUGGGGAUUGGAUUAGGCAUCUAUUUGAUGAGGUUAGUUUUUGGGAUUUGGUCAAACCUUUUGUAACUAGGGAUCAAGGACAAUUUUGCAGCAUUGUCGCCUAUGUUAAGGAACUGUUCUGUUCCAUUUUCCGCAUUUUGUUUUAAUUCAGUUUCUUUUUUCUUCUGUCAAAAUAUUGAUGCAUGCAUCCACUGUGAGACUACUUCAAAACUUAGCAGCAAGUGAAUCUUUUGCUCCC